UUUAUUUUAUUUUAUUAAGCUUAGGAGAAGAUUUUCAUUGUGUUUAUCCUGUAUGUGCCUUCUGCAGGGUGUAUUGCAUCUUUCUCCAAAGCAUGGAGUGCUGAGCACUUCUGGAAACAGGAGGUGGGACUAGCUGGGCUAUGCUAUCAUUUGUUGCCCGUCAUCAUGGCUCUCAUCACAUCUGUCAUCUGAUGGGUCUUUGGGAGUCUGUGCAAAGUAAGCUGGUGCCCAGUUUCAGAGAGGAAGGAUGAGGUGGAGCUUGGCUGUCUUCCAGCACUGACACCACUUCUAUGUCUGCCAUCACUAAGUGAUGGAAAUUUUGGUCAGAAGAACUCGUAGCUUCGAUCACAAUGCCCUUAACCAGAUUGAACUACUGGAUUCUUUUUUACUGCAGAAGAAAGAAGCGACAGAUAGCAGUGAAACUUCCCUCCUUUCUUUGUAUAUAAUACAAGUACUUUAGUUCUUCUAUAAAUAAUGUACCUUUCAUCCACUUGCAUUUGGAGAAAAAACUUUUUUCCAGGUUCACUUUUUUUUUUUUUUUUUUUUUAAUGACUAUAUGGAAGUGUUUCCAAUCCUUACUUUGGGGGUUUGGUCCCAUUAGGUGCACUGCAAAGCAGAAUGUAGUAGCAUAGGCUAACUUACUGUAUCAUUUGACAGAGAUUAAUUUAGCUCACAACAAAUUCUAUGAUGCCACAAUUGUGUCAGUACUUGAGAACACUCCUGUUUCUUGUAUGCCCAUUGAAGUUUAUUGCUAUAUUUAUGAAAUCCAUAUUUUGCAUUGAAGUUUAGUGUUGUGCCACUUUUUCAUUAGUUAUAUUUACUUGUUUUCAUUAUUUCUUUGUAAGAUUUGGUUGUAACAGCAUUUUAUAAUCUCUUUUUUUUUCCAUUAAAGAUUUUCAGUCUUGAUUUGGGAGGUAUAUCUGCUAUUGUGCUGAAUGGCUAUGAUGCAGUGAAAGAAUGCCUUGUCCACCAAAGCGAAAUUUUUGCAGACAGGCCAUCUCUUCCUUUGUUUAAGAAGCUGACAAACAUGGGAGGCUUACUGAACAGUAAAUAUGGCAGAGGAUGGACAGAACAUCGCAAAUUAGCUGUAAAUACCUUUCGAACUUUUGGAUAUGGUCAAAGGUCCUUUGAACACAAAAUUUCAGAAGAAUCUGUGUUUUUCCUUGAUGCCAUUGAUACCUACAAAGGCAGACCAUUUGAUCUUAAGCACUUGAUAACAAAUGCCGUUUCAAACAUUACUAAUUUGAUUAUUUUUGGAGAACGUUUUACAUAUGAAGAUACUGAAUUUCAGCACAUGAUUGAGAUUUUCAGUGAAAAUAUUGAAUUAGCUGCUAGCGCCUCUGUAUUUUUAUAUAAUGCUUUUCCUUGGAUUGGUAUCUUGCCAUUUGGGAAACACCAGCAGCUGUUUAAAAAUGCAGCAGAAGUCUAUGACUUUCUUCAUAAGCUUAUAGAACGAGUCUCUGAAAAUAGGAAACCUCAGUCACCUCGACAUUUUAUAGAUGCAUAUUUAGAUGAGAUGGAUUGCAACAAAAGUGAUCCAGAAUCUACAUAUUCAAGAGAAAACUUAAUUUUCUCUGUUGGAGAACUCAUCAUAGCUGGGACGGAAACCACAACAAAUGUUUUAAGAUGGGCAGUGUUAUUUAUGGCUCUUUAUCCAAACAUUCAAGGUAAGAACUUUGACGUUUUGAGAAACUGA